AUGGCGACGGCGUCGCCGACAGCCACCGUGGUGACCGCCACCGUGGUAACCACGGCGGCCGCCAUGGACUUGCGCGACUGGAUCUUCCUCUGCUAUGGGCUGGUGGCCUUUUUGAGUGAGGUGAUUGACAGCACGACCUGCCCCUCCGUCUGCCGGUGCGACAACGGUUUCAUCUACUGCAAUGACCGGGGCCUCACCUCCAUCCCGACUGACAUCCCGGAUGAUGCCACCACCCUCUACCUGCAGAAUAACCAGAUCAAUAACGCGGGGAUCCCUUCUAGUUUGAAGAAGAAACUCAACGUUCAGGUCAUCUACCUCUACGAAAAUGAUCUGGACGAGUUUCCCAUCAACCUGCCCCGCUCGCUGAAGGAACUGCAUCUGCAGGACAACAACGUCCGUACCAUCGCCCGGGAUUCCCUGGCCAGGAUCCCUCUGCUCGAGAAGCUGCACCUGGAUGACAACUCGGUCUCCACCGUCAGCAUCGAAGACGACGCCUUCGCCGACAGCACCCGCCUCAAGCUGCUCUUCCUCUCCCGCAACCAUCUCAGCAGCAUCCCUUCCGGGCUGCCGCGAACCCUGGAGGAGCUUCGCCUGGACGACAACCGCAUCUCCACCAUUCCCCUCCACGCCUUCAAAGGCCUCAACAGCUUGCGGCGUUUGGUGCUGGACGGCAACCUGCUCGCCAACCAGCGCAUUGCGGACGACACGUUCAGCCGCCUGCAGAACCUCAGCGAGCUCUCGCUGGUACGCAACUCCCUGGCGGCCCCGCCGCUCAACCUGCCCAGCGCCCACCUGCAGAAGCUGUACCUGCAGGACAACGCCAUCAGCCACAUCCCGUACAACACCCUUUCCAAGAUGCGGGAGCUGGAGAAGCUUGACCUGUCCAACAACAACCUGACCACCCUGCCCAAGGGACUCUUUGAUGACCUGGACAGCCUCUCCCAGCUCCUGCUGAGGAACAACCCGUGGUACUGCAGCUGUAACCUCAUGUGGCUGAGGGACUGGGUCAAGGCCCGAGCGGCCGUGGUCAACGUCAGAGGACUGAUGUGCCAAGGGCCUGACCGGGUUAGAGGGAUGGCCAUCAAAGACAUCACCAACGAGAUGGACGAGUGCUUUGAAGUCGGCCAGCAGAGCAACUCCGCGGUGGUGGCCAAAACGACAGCCAGCAACGCUGCCGUCACCACCCCGCAGGGCUCCCUCUUUACCCUCAAAGCCAAACGCCCGGGCAUCCAGCUGCCCGAUUCGAACAUCGACUAUCCGAUGGCCACCGGGUCAGGAGCCAAAACACUUGUGCUGAAUGUCAAGCCGCUGACCGCCGACAGCAUCCGUAUCAGCUGGAAGGCAUCCCUCCCGGCGGCCUCUUUCCGCCUCAGCUGGUUGCGCCUAGGCCACAGUCCAGCCGUCGGCUCCAUCACCGAGACCCUAGUGCAAGGCGACAAGACUGAGUACCUCCUGACCGCCCUGGAGCCCAAAUCCACCUACAUCAUCUGCAUGGUCACCAUGGAGACGGGCAACACCUACAUCCCCGACGAGAGCCCCGUGUGCGCCAAAGCCGAGACCGCCGAUGUGUACAGUCCCACCACCACCCUCAACCACGAGCAAAACCUGGACCCCAUGGCUGGGCUGCCCCUGGCGGGGAUCAUCGGUGGGGCGGUGGCCUUGGUUUUCCUCUUCCUGGUCCUGGCCGCCAUUUGCUGGUACGUCCACCGGACCGGGGAGCUGCUGACGCACGAGCGAGGCAUCCGGAAGAAGGACGACUACAUGGAGUCGGGUACCAAGAAAGACAACUCCAUCUUGGAGAUCCGAGGGCCCGGCUUGCAGAUGAUCCCCAUCAACCCUCACCGGGCGAAGGAAGAGUACGUCAUCCACACCAUAUUCCCUUCCAACGGAACCAGCCUUUACAAAAGUACCCACACAAUUGGCUACGGCACAACUCGGGGGUACAGAGAAGGGGGCAUCCCAGAUGUAGACUACGCCUAUACAUGAUGCAAAGGUUUUCCCCUCCUUCCGGAUGCAUCGUGUCGCCCUUCCCCACCCC